CGCGCUUUCAGAGAGUCUUCCGGCUUGUCGUCGACCGUGUGAGAGUUCACAGGUUAUGCAGAGGUCGUGUUGUGUUUUUUUCCCUCUGCAGCUCGUAUUUUACCCACCGGGACUAGUGAUGUGAUGGCUUUCCUGACUCUGUUCGUGAGGAAGCAGUUGCCGCAGGCUGUGAGCCACUACGCCCGGCUGGUGAAGCUGCCCGGGCCUCCCUCCGCCGGAGCCACUCUCAGGAGGCUGCACGGCUCAGCCCGGCGGCGGGUCGUGGAGAAGGGUCCGUGGGGGAAGAACCGGGGGCCGGAGCCGCAGCAGUACCCGCUCACAGACCUGGACAAGGCGGACGCUCUGAUGCUGAGAAAGUCUCAUGAAACAGGAUUCCUCUCAUGGUUCAGAAACGGCCUGCUGGCGACUGGGAUCGGAGUGAUCGCAUUCGUCCAGAGUGAAGUGGGACGAGAAGCAGGAUAUGCCUUCUUCAUCCUGGGAGGUGUGUGCGUGUCGUUUGGCGGCACCUCGUACAUUGGCAGCCUCUUCGUCUUGCGGAGGAUGAUGCUGCUGUCUGUGCCGGCGCUGCUGCUCCAAGGAGCCGCGGUGGGCAGCGUCGCCCUCUUCUGGCUCUGCGCUGUGUCGCUCUACAUCGGCCGGCUGGAGGUGGAGAUCAUCCACGAGGACGAGGAGGGGGAGGACGAGGAAGAGUGCCGGGAGUGCCGAGAGAGGCGCGAACACCGGGGCUACCGAGGCUCCAACGAUAGCGAGAACAGUGACAGCAAAGGGCCAAACAAGUAGAGAUCUUCCAGGAAUGAAGUGUGGGAAGCUGUGUGUGUUUGUGUGCGCUGCUCUGAUUCAGGGUUUCUCCUAUUUGUGUGUGUGUGUGUGUGUGUGUGUGUGUGUGUGUGUGUUGUGUGCGUAUGUGCAGGCUGUGUGUGAGUCUGUAGUUACAAAUACAUCAUCUAUUGUUAUAAAGAUUAUUAUUAUUUUUAAGGUGGUAGAGAAAGACUUUAAGACCUUUUGUUAAACUGGUCAGAAAAAUAGCUGAUAAUUUGACUACAUUCACACUACACUGGUGAAUAAAUCAGCUUUUUUUGUAAGAUUUCUUAUGGGUAAAUGCUGCCUCGCUGUCUGAAAAUUAUAGAGUUUUUUUUAAGUUAUUUUUUACAUUCUCGGUUCUACAAAGACUCACUGAGGACAUAAUUUGUUCAAUUAUCACUGCGCUAUAUGCAAUCAUUUCCAGGCCUCUGUUCUCAGCCACGCUGUUCGUCUUACCAGUAUCACUUACUGUAAUAGAGCACUUGAAGGUUUCAGAAAAAUCUUAAUAUAAAACAAGCCGCUUGCGAUAUGCUGGGAGACCUCGAAACAACGGACAUACAGUGUGUACAUUUCAGGUCUGUCUUUUUUAAAACAAAAUCAUUGAGGGCUUAGAAUAGCUUUUUACAGAUUUUUUUUUUUCUUCUGUUUCAUAAGGGCAAUAGCACUUUUGUCAGCUUUUGUUUGUCACUGUAGGAGCUCCAGACUUUUGGAAUAUUUUUCUGUCAUUAUGUAUUUUGCUCUGUAUUGUUCAUACUCAUGUACAGUACCAAACUGCAACCAGAAAACCAUGUGAGUGAAUUUUACACCGUCUGGUGAUCACUUUAGUUGCUGUUGUAAUGGAUGUAAAGAGUAGUUGAUAGAACAGUUGAUGAUACUGAGUUUCUGUGCGGAUGUGGGGUUUGCUAUCAUGGUUUUGUUUUUUGCACCACUUCCAAUGCAGCCUACUGUACGUACAGAAAUAAAGCAAGAAGAAAUCUGUGCUGAAACAAA